AUGCGGGAUUGUCGGACUCGGAACUGGCGGCGCGCGGGGGGAAGUGGAGGCGGAGGCAGCGGUGGAGGGUGGGCGCCGCGCCGCCGCCUGUCGCCCGAUGCCGCCGCUGGCGACUCCGACCUCGAGUCUGUUGGCUCAGUAACUUCCAGCGCUUUCAGCACGCAGUCGGAACGACCACAACCCACCCGCAUGCUUAGCAGGAAGCGACCUCUCCCUUUUCAUAGUACUUCGUCCACUUAUGAUAGCGCUAUUUACCCUAGCGUUCAUUAUAAUAAUGAAAAGUAUUUUUACAUGUUGCCAUACGCAUGCGACGCUGUUAGUAGAAAAGAGCACGCAACAAGACGUCUUUUUCCCUCGCGAGCUUACUCUGACUAUGAUGAAGCACCACCAAUGCAUUACGCACAUCCUGCUCACCGUUUUAGACGAUUAUUGGCUCGAAGCCGCUCCCUCGGCCAUCCCAUUAGAGAAUAUUCACGGCGUUUCAUUUUUGAACGAAGUCUAAGCUGUCCUGAACGUAACGACCCUCAAUACUCAAGUAAAACCAUCAAUUCUAGAUCGAACCAUGAAUUUCCACCAACCGUCGCCGUGCAUCAUAAACCAAUUUUAUAUGCAGACGGAAAAUGUUCUUUACCGAAAUCUGAUACACACUUUGAGCGUCCAUUAAAAACACAAAAUUCUAACAUAACAACACAAAAUCUAAGCUACUUGCCUAGUCAUUUUAGGUACUGGACUAAAGAUAUUCUACAUUUGGAGAGUCCUAAAUAUUUAAACUAUAAAAGACUGCCAAAUUUAGACAUAUCAAACCAAUCCUUUGAAUUGUUAGACCACUUUUCGUAUUUAGAUUCGAACAACUUAAGCGCAAAUAUUGCAUUAAAUUCUUCUUUGGAUGAAACGCUCGAACCAACGUCUCAAUAUUACGGUUAUGAAAGUGAUGACAGCAUAGCAGAAACGGCUAUUCAUGUUAAUACUGGGAAACGAAAUGAUUUUGAUAAAGAUCUUACUAAUCUAUACGAUAAAAGAUCGAUUAGUUUAGAAUCUCCUGAUUUUUUUCAUACUGACACUUUGUACUCGCCCGUUGAUCAUUUAUACCAAAAUAACAGAAAGAAGUUUUUGUCACUUAACCUUAGAUCAAAUUACAAUAAUGAUAGAUAUAAAAAUGUCACAGAAUCUUUAAAUUUAGAUCGAGAUGCUUUAAUAAAUGAAAGUUGGAUCCAAAGUCCUAAAACAGUAUAUAAGCACAAAACUAAAAACGUUUUUAAGUAUAAUCGAGACUCUCAUAGACGACAUACAAUUUCUGACGGUAAUAAAUCUAUAACUCCAGAAAGAAAUAAUGAUAUUUAUAUGAAAAUUCCUCCAGUAUUUAAUCAUCGGUUUGAUUUGCAUCAUAAAGACAAAACUUUAAAUGGUAUAUUUAUGAAAGAAAAUAACACAGUUAGAACAAACAAAAUUCCAUACAAUGAGUAUCGUUCAUCAAUCUCUCCAGACUUUCCUCAUCGUUCGUACCCAUCGGCACGCAAACCACAACCAUCGACUAUAAAAAGCGCUCGUUCUCGUUCCAUAGCACCUGCAAAUCACUUAGAUCAACAUUUUAGUAUGAUGGCUAAUUCUAUGUCUGUUGCUCUUGAUAACCCGAACCUCGACUCGUCCCGUCGUGCGCUCACUCCCGCCGGCUCACACUUGCCAAACGAUGACAUAUCUCACAACGCGCCGAAACCUGCGUCGCAAAAACCAAUCGACGAUCAAACAAACUCACAACAACAUGGCGAUUGUGAUAAAAACGAACAACAACCGGUGAAAAUUCAUACGAAAAAUCAACAACACGAAAAAAAAUCAUCCAUCGCGGAUUCAAAAAACAGUAAUGAUUAUGGAGGACGUGACAAUGGACGAAAUAAUACCCAGCAGCAACCGCUAGAAAGGCGCGAGUCUCGCCGGGGCCAGCUCACCAGGAGUCUAAGUAAUACUGAUGCACCUGACGAAAAAGCGGACGGAAGUCUAAGCGACACCGCAAUAGGGGGCAGCAAUGAGAUGGAACCAACCAGCGAUGACGCCUUAUUAAAAGCCGAACCGAGAGACUACUUUGGGCCUGGUAUGGGAAAGAAGAGCAAUUCCACUUCUCAACUGUCUGCUACAGGAAGAAAGCGAAGGUUAGGUUUUGGUAAACGGGGAAAAAAUUCGUUUACUGUACAACGAAGCGAAGAGGUGGUGCCCGGUGAAUUGAGGGGGGGCGCGGGUGUAUCCCGGGCCUCCUCAGCCUCCAGCGAAAAUGACGAUGACAGAUGGUCUCCUGGGAUGCGUGGAUCGGGUUCAUCGGAUGGUGGUGGUUUGUCGGAUUUCAUCGACGGGCUAGGGCUCGGUCAACUUGUGGGAAGACAACUUCUUGGGGCACCAACUCUUGGCGAUGUACAACUCUCCAUGUGUUAUCAGAAAGGUUUCUUGGAAGUGGAGGUGAUUCGCGCUCGAGGUCUUCAAGCACGGCAAGGCAGCCGCACUCUUCCGGCGCCUUACGUCAAAGUUUACCUCGUCAGCGGCAAACGAUGCAUCGCCAAGGCUAAAACGAGUACAGCGCGGCGAACACUCGAUCCACUAUAUCAACAAACUCUUACUUUCAGGGAAAACUUUAAAGGGUGCAUAUUGCAAGUGACGGUAUGGGGCGAUUAUGGUCGAAUCGAAGGGAAGAAAGUGUUUAUGGGCGUAGCGCAAAUCAUGCUAGAUGACCUUAAUCUUUCCAACAUCGUCAUUGGAUGGUACAAACUCUUCGGAACCACUUCAUUGUAA